CUCUUCCCUCAUUCCCUCUCUCCUCCUCUUCCCUCUCCUUCUCUCUCUCCUCUCUUCCUCCUGGCUAGGAGAGGGGGAUACUGGGACUCUAACUGACCAGACAGACAGAAGAACAGCUAGAGGUCCCAUCCAUCACACUCUCUCUCUCCAUCCCUCUCUCUCUCUCUUGCGUCUCUCUGUGUGAGAAGAGGAUCUUGCCUCCAACCCAACCCAGGGAUCGGAACCAGGGGUCCAGACCAAGAGGGAGUUACUGUGUUACUGUAACCCAGCCAGAGAGACUCUGUCUCCUGCAACGACCAGAAGGAUUCCAGCUACAUGGGCAAACGCUUGGAACAGAAACAGAUGUACCCCCAAUACAUCUACUAUUACCCCCACUAUCUCCAGACUAAGCAGUCCUAUGCCCCUCCCCCUACCACCAUGGCCCCUCCCAGCCCUAACAACGGUCACCACGGAGGAGGAGGAGGAGAAGGAGAAGGAGGAGGAGGAGGAGGCUGUAGUAUGGAGCAGCUCAGUCAAACUAAUCUGUACAUCAGAGGACUGCCCCCUGGGACCACUGACCAGGACCUCAUCAAACUAUGUCAACCAUAUGGGAAAAUAGCGUCAACGAAGGCGAUACUGGACAAGAACACGAAUCAAUGCAAAG